AUGGCGGCCUCUGAGGCGGCGGCGGCGGUGGGACCCGCGGCUCCGGCCUCGGGCGCCCCGGCCGUCCCGGCGGCCGCGAGGGGGGCCGCCGCCGCCGCCGCCUCCGCCGCCUCGGGCUUGUGGAGACCCCCCGGGCGGCUGAGGGGCAGCCGGCCUCGGCCCGCGGCGGCGAAGCAGCUGCCCGCGGGUCCGGCGCCGCCGGCCGGGGAGCUGAUCCAGCCGUCGGUGAGCGAGCUGUCCCGGGCCGCGCAGACCAACAUCCUGUGCACCGUGCGCGGGUGCGGCAAGAUCCUGCCCAACAGCCCCGCGCUCAACAUGCACCUGGUCAAGAGCCACCGCCUGCAGGAUGGCAUAGUAAAUCCAACAAUAAGAAAAGAUUUGAAAACUGUACCAAAAUUCUACUGUUGUCCAAUUGAAGGAUGCCCUAGAGGUCCUCACAGGCCAUUUUCUCAAUUUUAUCUCGUAAAACAGCACUUUAUGAAAAUGCAUGCUGAAAAGAAGCAUAAAUGUAGUAAGUGCAGCAAUUCAUAUGGCACUAAAUGGGACUUGAAGAGACAUGCAGAGGAUUGUGGCAAGACCUUCCAGUGCACAUGUGGCUGUCCAUAUGCAAGUAGAACUGCAUUACAGUCCCACAUCUACCGAACUGGCCAUGAGAUCCCUGCGGAGCACAGGGACCCACCUGUUAAGAAAAGAAAAAUGGAAAACUGCCUGCAAAACCAGAAGUUGUCCAAUAAGACCGUUGAAUCCUUGAGCAACCAACCAACCCCGAGACCAGAUACUCAAAAAAUAGAGACUUCAGAAAUAAAGCUAGCUGCAUCUUUUGAAGACUCUUGUGGCUCUAAUGCCAGAAAGCAGACUCUUACAACAGCUCCAAAAUAUCCUCAGAAAUUGCUUUUACCAAAGCCUAAAGUGGCUUUGGUUAAACUACCUGUUAUGCAAUUUUCGCCUAUGCCUGUCUUUGUGCCUACAGCUGACUCCUCAGCCCAGCCUGUAGUGUUAGGUGUUGAUCAUCAGGGCUCUGCCUCCAGUGCUGUGCACUUACUACCCUUGUCAGUAGGAACUCUGAUUCUUGGCCUUGAUUCAGAAGCCUGCUCUCUUAAGGAGAGCCUUCCUCUUUCAAAAAUUAUAAAUCCUGUUGCUGUUGAGCCGAUUAGUACAGGUGUUCAAGUGAACUUGAGUAAAAAUUCAUCUAGUCCUUCACAAGAACUAGGGAACGCAUGUCAAAAGAACAGCAUUUCUUCAAUCAAUGUACAGACAGAUCUGUCUUACGCCACACAACACUUUAUACCUUCUGCACAGUGGGUCAGCCCUGAUUCCUCUGUAUCGUCUUGUUCUCAAACUGAUUUGACUUUUGGUUCUCAAGUUUCCCUCCCCAUUAGUGUUCAUACUCAGACAUUUUUGCCCAGUUCUAAAGUAACUUCAUCUAGAGCUGCUCAGACUGAUGCGUUUUUAGAUGCCUCUUUCCAGGCAGGUGGAAUCUCCAGAGAAACUCAAACCGGUGGAAUGGGAAAUCCAACAGAUGACCGAGUACAAAUGGACCAAGCUGUAAUGUGCAGAGACAUUUUUGAGGGUGUCCAUUCAUCGUACGGUAUUACUACAGACAAUAUUAUAAGCAGCAGCUUAGUAGGAGAGACUGUUACUCAUGCUUUGUUACCUCAAAACCACUCUAAGGCUUUAAGUCAAGAUACUGAGAAAUCUGUACCAGUUAUAAACUUUAGUGCACAGAACAGUAUGCUUCCUUCACAGAACAUGACAGAUAAUCAGACCCAAACUAUGGAUUUAUUAAGUGAUUUAGAAAACAUCUUGUCUAGUAAUCUGCCUGGUCAGACACUGGACAAUCGUAGUCUUCUGUCUGACACGAACACUGGACCUGAUAGCCAACUCCCGUCUGGUUCAACCCAGAAUCCCACAAUUGAUUUUGAUAUCGAAGAGUUCUUUUCGGCCUCUAAUAUUCAGACUCAAACUGAAGAGAGUGGGCUUAGCAGCAUGACCACUGAGCCGGUCUUAGAAUCACUGGACAUAGAGACCCAAACUGACUUCCUACUUGCAGACACCUCUGCCCAGCCCUAUAGUUAUAGGGGAAAUUCUAAUUUCUUAGGCCUUGAAAUGUUUGACACGCAGACACAGACAGAUUUGAACUUCUUUUUAGACAGUAGUCCUCAUCUGCCUCUAGGAAGUAUUCUGAAACACUCCAGCUUUUCCAUGAGUACUGAUUCGUCUGACACCGAGACCCAAACUGAAGGGAUCUCCGCUGCUAAAAACCUAUCUGCUCUAGAAAGCAAGGUUCAGUUAAAUAGUACGGAAACGCAGACCAUGCAUUCUGGCUUUGAAACCCUGGGGAGCUUGUUCUGCACCAGCAAUGAAACGCAAACAGCAAUGGAUGACUUUCUUCUUGCCGAUUUGGCCUGGAACACGAUGGAAUCUCAGUUCAGCUCUGUAGAAACCCAGACAUGUGCGGAACCACACACAGUCUCCAACUUCUAA